AUGUACAACUCAACUGUGUGUGUGUGUGUGUGUGUGUGUGUGUGUGUGGGCAGGUACUAUGCGAUCUGCUGCAAGCCGCUGGUCUAUCAUAACAAGAUGACCCCUCUGCGGGUGACGCUGAUGAUCGGGGGUUGCUGGGUCAUCCCCACCGUCAUCUCCUUCCUACCCAUAAUGCAAGGCUGGAACAGCAUCGGCAUCUACCAUGUGGUCGAGGAGCGACGCCACAGCGAGGGCAGCAACUCCACGGCGUGCGUCUUCAUGGUCAACAAGCCGUACGCGCUCACCUGCUCGGUGGUGGCCUUCUACAUCCCGCUGGUCCUCAUGGUGCUGGCCUACCAACGCAUCUACGUGACGGCGCGCGCCCACGCGCGGCAGAUCAGCAUGCUGCAGCGGGCGGGCGACGCCGGCGACUCGGCCGCCAACCAGCGCAACCACCGCAUGCGCAUGGACACCAAGGCGGCCAAGACGCUCUGCAUCAUCAUGGGCUGCUUCUGCCUGUGCUGGGCGCCCUUCUUUGUCACCAACGUGGUCGACCCCUUCAUCGACUACACGGUGCCGGGCCAGCUGUGGGUGGCGUGCCUGUGGCUGGGCUACAUCAACUCCAUGCUGAACCCCAUCCUCUACGCCUUCCUCAACAAGUCCUUCCGACGGGCCUUCCUCAUCAUCCUGUGCUGCGGGAGGAAGCGGUAUCGCCGGCCCUCCCUGCUGGUCCCGCGGGGGCCCUGCACGGCCACGCAGAUCAACGGCUCCACGCACGUGCUGAAUGGCUGCUCCUCUGCUUCCAAGCUGCUCCUGUGGUUCUGCAACACCAGGCCUGUGCCUGUCUAGAGGUAUUCUGUUCUCCACAAUGGUCACACGAAGGAGCAGGAGAAGAAGAUUUUACACAUCGAGUCACGCGAGUCCUGCUUGUGAGGACU